AUGAACUCCGUAAUAGUUUUCGCAUGCGUGCUGGCUGUUGCCGCCGCCCAGUUCAACAACGGACAAUACGUCCCGGAACAGAGCAGAUACAACAACUACAACAACAGAUACAACAACUACAACAGAUACAACAACUACAACGGCAACUACAACAACCGUUACCAGUACCAGAACCAGUUCAGGCCUAGCUCCACUCCCUUCCCCAGCUACUUCUUCUCUUCCACCGCUGCUCCCUCCACCGUCGCCCCCUCUCGUGCCACCUUCGCGCCCUUCAAGUUCCUCUCCUCUACCGCUGCCCCAGCUGUGAUCGUCCCCGCUGCCGUUGAAGCUUCUCCAGCUCCAUCUGCCUCCCCUGCCCCCUCUGCCGCUCCCUCUGCUGCUCCCUCUGCCGCCCCCUCUGCCGCUCCCUCUGCCGCUCCCUCUGCCGCCCCAUCUGCUGCCCCCUCUGUUGCCCCCCUUAAACCCGUGUACGCCUCAGUCGCCCCAGCCGCCGUCGCUGCCCCAGCUCUCGUCUCCAAGUACUACUCGGAGGGUCCCGUAGCUGACAUCAUCUCCUACGAAAGUGACAUCAACCCCGACGGUGCUUUCAGAUACGCCUUCCAAACCAGCAACGGUAUUGCUGCCCAAGAAGAAGGUGCUCCCCGCUCCUUCUACUCUGGUGAAGACGCCGUCUCCCCCGUCGUCGCCCAAGGUUCCUUUGCCUGGACCAGCCCCGAGGGCCAGGUUGUCCAGAUCACUUACGUCGCUGACGAGAACGGAUACCAGCCCAGCGGUGACGCCAUCCCCCAGCCCCCAGCUAUCCCUGCACUGAUCGCCCGCUCCCUGGAGUACAUCGCGAGAAGCGCCCCCCUCUCCGCCGCCCAAGUCUCCGCCCAGUAA